GCGAAAUCGAGUGUUAUUUAUGGAAAAUCAGCGGAUACACAGCUGUAAAUUCGUGGAUAUUUAGGUCGUUUGGCUGAAUUGGGUCAAAUGGAUGACAAUCUCCAGCCUCCUAAGGCUGCUGUUAACAAAGCAGCAGCCUCCUCGUCAACAUACACACCAGCUAAAACUCAGAUCGAGGUGAUUCCUUGUAAGAUAUGUGGAGACAAGUCAUCAGGUGUUCACUAUGGAGUCAUCACAUGCGAAGGAUGCAAAGGAUUCUUCAGGCGUUCGCAGUCUGGUCCCGUGAACUACCAAUGUCCCCGCAACAAACAGUGUGUGAUUGACCGAGUCAAUCGUAACAGAUGUCAGUAUUGCAGACUGCAGAAAUGUCUGGCUCUCGGCAUGUCUCGGGAUGCGGUGAAGUUUGGCCGAAUGUCGAAGAAACAGCGUGAGAAAGUGGAGGGUGAGGCCCAGCUCAUCAAGGCCGGGGUCCAGCCAGGUGUUAACGGGUACGCGCACACCGAGCUCCCUUCCCCAAAUAACAACUCCCAUUUCACUUACAACACAGAUAACUACGUGUACUCCCCGAACGGUUAUGUUUACGGAGCAGGAGAGAGCACAAGUCCCGUCAGUCCACCUGCUAAUGCCUACAGUCCAACAGCCACUCCCCCCACGCCAGUGGUACUGAGAACUGUUGAUUUACUGGACAAUGUGGCAUUUGGGAAAGCAAUUUUAGAGGCUCAUCAAAGGACCAGCCCUUAUAGUGUAGAAACCAUCGCUCAACUGAAGGCCACCCCUGUCAGCUCUGAACUUAUAACCCUCUACCAAAAUAUGACUCACAGACAGGUAUGGGCCGAGGUUGCCGAUAAACUCACAUUUGCUGUACAGCAGAUUAUAGAGUUUGCCAAAAUGGUUCCCGGUUUCAUGGAUCUCUCACAGGAUGAUCAAAUUAUGCUGCUAAAAGCAGGAAGUUUCGAGCUGGCCUUACUUCGAUGUACAACGGCAUAUGACGGUACCACUGACAGUGUCAUAUUUGGGGAUAGAUUUGUUCCAUUAAAAGCCUUCUCAAACUUAACCGAGGAAGAAGUAUUACUGCAGAACCAGAUAUUUGACCUGGUGAAGACGAUACAACAUAUUAGCCUCACAGAGGGCGAGAUUGCCCUGUUCAGUGCAACACUUCUCGUACGACCAGAUCGACCUGGUUUAAAAGACUUAACAGACAUACAGAAGUUGUAUGAAAAAAUCACCUCAGCCCUAAAACUGGAACUUGGUAAAAACAAUCGUGAAGAUGAGAAUAUGAUUACCAAGCUUAACCAAAUAACUUGGAUUGUUCGGAACUUGAACACCCAACACAUUAACGUGCUUAAUAAGUUUAAACAAGCGGAGCCAGACGUGGAAUUCCCUGCUCUUCAUAAAGAGCUCUUCAGUGUUGAAGGGCAGGAUAACUCUUGAAGUAUUAAGUCAAAGAGUGACCUCCCUUUGAGUACUCUGGAAAACAUUGAGAGUAACCUCCCUUGAGUACUGUAUGAUUGGGAAAACAUGGAUUGAGAAGGGUUCGGUGACUAAAAAAACAAGGGUGAUAAACAACCCUGAACAUUGAAAUUGAGAAAUAGUAUAAAUAUUGAGGGAAAAUUCUUGUUUUCCUUUUUAUAAAUGAAGGAAUAUGUGUAGUUUGGGUUGCAUUAGAGAUCCAACUGGAUCCGUGGAAGGUUGUUGUUGGAAUUAUAAGAGUGUGAAUUUUAUUUAGGCCCCAAGCUUACUAAAAGGCUUCUUUUUAUUUGUGAAACUCUUUAUUAGGUUUAAGUGUGACAUUCCUGAUUAGGUUAUAUUGCCUUAAACAAUAAGGAAAUCUUUUUUCUAUGGACUGUUAUUAAGUGAACUACUAUCAAUAUAACUGAUAAGAAGUCAAUGAAAUAUUACUCUUUCUUGAUCUUUUUUAAUACAGGAAACACUUCAAAUGAUAUACCACUUUAUAAAAUCUUAAUCUAGUUGAAACACCUGCUUUUAUGAUAGACUAAAUGUUAACUUUAACAAUCUUAUGAUACAUAGUAGGCUGGUUCAGAACGUUGCUCAUAUUAAGAACAAUGUUAAAAAUGAUCAUAGUUAACUUUCAAAUCUUAACUUCUCAUUAAGUUUCAUGGACAUGUUUAUGAUCUACAGUAGUUCUUACACAUGUUAAGACAACUGUUUCAGCUCUGCUUGUUUUAUUCAAAUAUAGUAGCACAUAAACUAUUUCACAUUUAAAAGAUUACUGUGAUUACAAAGUUCUGAAUGAUCAGCCCAGUGACCAUAAAGAAGUAGCCAAUAAUUCAUGACCCAUUUUAUCAAUGGGAUAACUGAUCACCAGGAAGAAAAAUGAUUAACUUUUAAGUUUAAUGAUAAAUAUUGUGCACUUAAUAAAUUAUUUGAAAGCAUGUAAUUAUUAUCGAAGAAAAUCAAAUAAUUGCUGGAUCUCUUGCCUAAAGGUGAAAUGAAAUGGUCUGUGACUAACAUGUACUCUUUUAUUAUUGGGAAAACUCUUGCAUACAAACAAACUAUUUUUGUAAACUUAGAAAAUAGAAAUGUCAAGGAGUGAGAAAAUAGAAAUGUCAAGGAGUGUCACUUUAAUAAUAGGUAUUUGGUGCAGGUUUUGGGUCUGUUUUUACACAUUUAUGAUUGAUUGUGAUAUCGAGUUCAGUUGUUAUAUUAGGAACAUGAUAUUUGGUUCAGUAUGGGCCCCAGGCCACAAUAAAUAAAUUGUUUGUUUUUUUUCAUUCCUGAUAGACUCCCAAAAAUUACAUGUAACCAGAUUAUUUUUAGCAUAUUUUUUCGUUUUUCAUAGUGAUAUUUUUUCUUCUUCUGUAUUAAAAAAACAAACAAACAAAAAAUAGGUAAACUUUGUUGGAAGGGAAAGGUGAAACUCACAGAUAAUUCAUUGUGGCCUCAUCUCUUAAUUUUUAAUUUAAGGUCAGUGACAAGGGAAUCUUGUAUGUUCAUUAGAUAAAAUUCCAUAAUUAUUUGUGGUUUUAAAUUUGGCAUUAGUUUUUAAACCAGUCUUUUAAUUUGUACAUACAUAAAUAUAUAUACAUAUAUUUGAUUAGAGAGGGAGGAAGAGAAAAUUAUUAAUAUCAUGUGCUAAUUAUGAAAUGUUUGAAUUAUAAACUUCAUAUAAAAUUUUCUGUUUUUGUGAAGUAUUUUUUAAUCUUAAAAGAAACCAUUUUAAUCUGCCUCAAGUAUACACUGUAUUAAUGCUUUCUUAUUACAAGAUAAAUGAUUUAACUAGACUCAGUAAAAGGAUUUUCAUGUAUAUACAUAAAUUUAUAGAAUACUACUACCUUUCUGAGUUGGUAUUCAUAAAACAUCUAAUUUCCUAACUUAAAUUGAUUUCUAAAGUUAAGUAUUUCCCUGGUCAUAUGAUAUACAUGUAGAAUCUUUGCUUAAUAUGACUUCGAUAUUUUUAGAAAAUCUGCCUAAAUUAAGAAAUUACUGAAGAAAUUUUAUUAAUAUCACCUAAAAUCAAAGAAAAACUACAUAAUAACUACAAAUCUGUACCCUUGUCAUGUAUUUUGGUAGGAACUGUUUUUUUCAAUGCUGUCAGUUAGUCCCAGUCAUAUAAUGCAACUAAAACCAAUCCUGUUAUAUAGUUAUUUUAGUAGUAUUUUAUACAUUGGUAAACACGCAAGUGUGAUUUAAAAUUACUACUGAAAAUAUCUUAGGGUAUGUAAACAACAUGUGGCUUGAAAAGUAUUGGUAUAUUUUUAGUGAAAAUACUAGAAACAUGUAGAAAAAGUGUAUUUGAAUGUGUGGAAUAGAAAUCUGAUGUCUAGUACUAGUAUAUGUCAGGGAAUCAAUUCAGGGGAUCUGCUUUUAUUGUUGAUUAGUUGGUUUAGAUAGUAACAGGUGCUUAGUUAAGUAUAUUAUUUACGAUAUAAAUUCAUUAACUAGUAUGCACAUUAUCUUGCGACUUGAAAAGCUUACUAACAGAUACAUUUUCUGAAUUUGGUAUUAUUUGAUGGUUAUUGCACCCACAAGAUCAGUGUCUGGAAUAAUACAGUAGUGCGAAGGGAGAGUUGUAUGAUUUCAAGCACUAGAUCAGUGGGUGACGUUAUUAACGACCUUGUACUGUUGUCAAGACAAUGUUUCAAUAACUAGCGUACUUAUAAGUGAAUACUGCUGUAAUUUAUUUGCUCGCUUGUAAUUAAACAGUAAAAGUCCUGUCUACUGGUUGUUCGGUUCUGAAAUGAGAACAAAACACAAAUUUACACAACUUUUGGCAAUUUUGUUCGACUAUCAUUGUGUACAGUAGUGGUUGGGUUUUUCUGUAUACACAUGAAGCCAGCAGGUGCCAUAGGAAUACUUUUCGCAUUUUUUGGAGUUAUAAUGUUAACAUAUAUUCAUUGUUCAUGUCUUAGAAUAAAAAAAUGGUAUAAAACUAAAUUUUACAUGACAACCCACACACACUUUGAAGCUGGAUUAUAAAGCAUGUAUAUCGGACUUGUUACUAUCAAAUCUAACUGUUUGUACCUAUAAAAUAUUGGCGUGAGAUGCUUUUAUGAAUGUUUAUCUGCAAUGACGUAAGUCUGAUAUAAAGGUUGUUAGGUCAUUUAAAAAAAAAACAUGUAAUUUUGUUCUUUACAUUAGUAUUUUGUUUUAACUUGAAAUUCUUAAUCCAGAUUGAUAAAAUUUUAAAACUGAAAUAAUUUUGUAAGUUCAGGGGCUGUAUUCAUGAAUUAAGUGGAAAAUUAACUGAUUGUACAAGAAAAUAUUAAAUAAACGCCCUAAAUGAAAUUGAAAUGCAAGUAUUUGAUGAAAGAAUUGAAGGGGUUUUAAAUAAUAAAUUGCCAAAAUUAGGAAAAUUACACUAGUUCCUUUUUACACAAAGAUAAAGAAUAUUCAGGCGCAAUGCUUUUCUGACUUGUAAUAACAAAAGGUAACAGUACUUUUCAUAACUAUGAACAUAAUCAGAGACUGCUUUUUUCAAUUUCCCUCUAAAUUGUAGCUAGGUUUCAUAUAUGUAGGAUUUUAAUCAGAGAAUUAAAAAAAAUAUGACAAAACUUAAAAUGUCAAUAUUAUUUUGUUAGUUAGUCCUUGUAUUGUAUGUUAUAUGGAAGCUAAGAAAUAGUGUAUUUUUAAUGGUCUCUACAUUUUGUUUAACUGUUUAAUUAGCUUUUUCAUAUUAUAAUGUUUCAUGUAUUCAUAACAAGGUUAAGGUCAUGUCUCAUAAAUAAGUCCUUAUUUAAAGGCAUGAUUUGUAUUUUGUUGGGACUGGUACCGUGUGAAAUAUACUGCAGCAACACACUGCAGCAACACGUUAAUGCAUCUUAAAUGUUUACCGGUGAGGAACAAGUUUUGUUGACCAGUGUUCUGCAGUGUUUUUUCUAAAGAUUGUGGUUGUAAAACACUACUUGUACAUGUAUGUAUAGCUGCCUUGAUCUAGUAUAUGUACAUUUUUACUUUGUCUGAGCUGGAAAAAAACACUAUUAGUAUAUAUGUGGGCAACUUUUUAGCUGAAAAACACUAUUAUAUAUACAUGUGGACUGCUUUGAACAGAAAAACCCUACAUGUAUAUAUACAUGUGGACUAUUUUUUACUGGAAAACACUUCUUGUCUACAUACUUGUGGACUACUUUUUAAUUGAAAAGCACCACUUGUAUACAUACAUGUGGACUACUUUUUAAUUGAAAAGCACUACUUGUAUACAUACAUGUGGACUACUUUUUAAUUGAAAAGCACUACUUGUAUACAUACAUGUGGACUACUUUUUAAUUGAAAAGCACUACUUGUAUACAUACAUGUGGACUACUUUUUAAUUGAAAAGCACUACUUGUAUACAUACAUGUGGACUUCUUUUUAAUUGAAAAGCACUACUUGUAUACAUACAUGUGGACUACUUUUUAAUUGAAAAGCACUACUUGUAUACAUACAUGUGGACUACUUUUUAAUUGAAAAGCACUACUUGUAUACAUACAUGUGGACUACUUUUUAAUUGAAAAGCACUACUUGUAUACAUACAUGUGGACUAGUUUUUAAUUGAAAAGCACUACUUGUAUACAUACAUGUGGACUACUUUUUAAUUGAAAAGCACUACUUGUAUACAUACAUGUGAACUCCUUUUUAAUUAAAAAACACUACUUGUAUAUAUACAUGAUGAGUACUUUCGUACUGAAAAACACUGCUCGUAUACAUACAUAUGUACUAUUCAUGAGCUGAAAAACGCUACUUAAUAUGUGUACUUAUGGACUUGGUCUGACUAUUUCUGAGCUCAAAAAGACUAUUUGUAUUAUGUACACUACUUUAAAGCAGAAAUACAAUGUAUCAAACAAUGCAUAAUAUUUUAACUGGAAAAAACCAUAACCAGUAUGUGUUUAUGUGCACUUCUUAUGAGCAGAAACUCAACUUUUACCUGUACAAGAAUACUACUGUGACAUCAAGUAUUAUUAUGUGUAAAAUUUCAACUAUCUAACAUGUUCAUAGUUUUGAAUAUAAGCUAUACAUCACUCACAUUUGUAUUCUCUUGAGAACUGAUUUAAUAUGUAAGAUUUUCAUAUGACUGAAACAGCUGUUCAUAGGAAGCUGCACUCUGAUAUACUUCGUAUACUACUGUCUUGUGCAUGUCUACUUGUACAUGUAGCUUACAAAUAGUGUUUCACAACCUCAAUCAUGUUACUUUAAACUUCCUCUCACAUUUAUGAUUGUCAUACAGUCUAUAUCACAAUAUUAGAGUUAAGAACCUUGUUUUAUUUUUAUCACGAAUAUAUCUUGUAAAAUUGUACAUUUUUAUAAGUUUCCGACUAUUUUUAUUUUAAUAAACAUGCAAUGAGGGCAAAUGUUAAAUAUAUAUUCAGUAAUAAAUUGCAAAUGGCAACCGACAUACAAAUAAUUAAGCCAAUAAAAAUAUGGCCCAUUAAAAUGGAUAGACACAUAUCUCUUUAAUUCUAAGUUGGAUAUGAGCCUUUGGUAUGUUUUACAUGGCUAGGUAUUUCAACUGCUCCAACAUAAAUCAUUUAUAAACAGAUUUUCUUGACCUGACUCAGAUUUGAACUGGUGUGUGGUUUGCAAUAUUCCUGUCAUUGAUUACAAUAUAAACAAGUGAAUAUUGCCUGUCAUUGAUUACAAUAUAAACAAGUGAAUAUUGCCUGUCAUUGAUUUCAAUUCAAAAAAGUGAUUAUUGUCUGUCAUUGAUUACAAUAUGAACAAGUGAUUAUUGCCUGUCAUUGAUUACAAUAUGAACAAGUGAUUAUUGGCUGUCAUUGAUAACAAUAUAAACAAGUGAUUAUUGGCUGUCAUUGAUUGCAAUAUAGACAAGUGAUUAUUGCCUGUCAUUGAUUACAAUAUGAACAAGUGAUUAUUGGCUGUCAUUGAUAACAAUAUAAACAAGUGAUUAUUGGCUGUCAUUGAUUACAAUAUAAACACGUGAUUAUUGCCUGUCAUUGAUUACAAUACAAAAAGGGAUUAUUGCCUGCCAUUGAUUACAAUACAAACACGUGAUUAUUGCCUGUCAUUAAUUACAAUACAAAAAAAUGAUUGUUGCCUGUCAUUGAUUACAAUACAAAAAGGGAUUAUUGCCUGUCAUUAAUUACAAUACAAAAAAAUGAUUGUUGCCUGUCAUUGAUUACAAUACAAACAAGUGAUUAUUGUCUGUCAUUGAUUACAAUAUACACAAGUGAUUAUUUCCUGUCAUUGAUUACAAUAUAAACAAGUGAUGACUGCCCGUCAUUGAUUGCAAUACAAUGAAGUGUUGGAUAUUGAUAGUGAUUAUUUUUAACUUGUAUAUGAUCAUGUUGAACAUUGUAUAUAUGAUAACAUUUGUACUUACUUUGUUGAAUAUAUGUGCAUAAUUGAUACCAUGCAUGUACGAUAAUAAACACAAAUAUAACUGUA